AUAUUUUAUGUUGGGAGAAGAAAAAUCUAACAAAAACUAUGUGGUGUUUCAGGCUGGCAAGUCCCCUUCUUCUGUUCUCCAGUCUCUGUAAUAAUAAAAACAACAAUAGCAAUUUCUUUAAGUAUACCUGUUAUUGACCAUGGCUGCUGCUGCUGCUGCUUCAAUGACUGUUGCGCAUUGGUCAACCCCAACUUCCCUCCACUUCUCAACUGCUAAGAACAGGAACGCAGCAGUCUUAUUAAACUCCUUACGCACUUGCAAAAUCACAGCAUCAUCGUCUAUCAGUAAAGUCCAAUAUGGAUAUGGAUACUCGAAGAGAAGCUCAAUUCUUACUGGUUUCAAGCCCUUUUCUUCUCCAGUCAUGGAGUUUCAGGAUUGCACGGUUAAGAUGGAAAUUGAUGUGCCUGUUGGGUUGGCUUAUAAGCUUUAUUCAGAUCGUGAAUCAAUUCCUCGUUGGAUGCCCUUCAUUUCAUCUGUACAGGUACUCAAAGACAAGCCUGACCUAUCACGGUGGUCACUGAAGUAUAAAGCACUUGGUCAGGAACUUGAAUAUUCUUGGCUUGCUAGAAAUAUGCAGCCAACCCCCAAUCAGAAAAUUCAUUGGAGAUCUCUGGAAGGUCUUCCUAACAGAGGCUCUGUUCGAUUUUUUCCUAAAGGUUCUUCAUCAUGUCUGGUAGAACUAACUGUUUCAUAUGAAGUUCCCCGAAUUUUGGCUCCUCUAGCAACAGCACUCCAGCCUUUGCUUGAGAGCUUACUCAGAGGGGGUUUGGAAAGAUUUGCAACACUUGCGAAAAGCACUUUGGCAGACUGAAUUCCAUGCUUCAAAUGGGGUAGCUGGAACUCAUGUCUAAUGAUCAUCAACAAUUUUCUUAGUUGGAAUAUUUACAGAAUCAAUAUGAUUAUCUUUCACUGGCAGCAUUGUUCCCCGUAGAAGAAGGGAGAAGUUUUCUUAUUAAUUUGCCAUUGAUUGUACUCAGCACCCUUACUUUGGAUUGUUGAUCAAUUCCAAAAAUAAUGAAAAGUUCAUGAUA